AUGACUGUCGAUGACUUUCUGAGUCGCGACACGGACGCCUUCGUGCUGCCCUCCAAGUCGUACUAUCCCACCAAGAUUCCUAUUGCACAUUACCAGCUACGACACUUCAUUAGCUCGCCGGAGCAAGACCUCAUCUACUAUGCGAGCGGCUGCGACGUCUACUGCCUCAAUGCAGCCACACAGACCCAGGCACACCUGACGACACUGCCCUUCGAGGCGCGCUGCACCGCAUCAGCUCACGGCUAUGUCUGUGUAGGAGGCGCAGACGAUGGCAACUUUGCUGCCAUCAAGGUCGCUGGCUUCCCUCCUGUAGACGACGCCGACGUGGACGCCUCAUUGCCUCUCGACUUUGAGUAUCGCUUCUCCCGUCCCCCACUGCUCGGUACCGCGCACCGCAUACGCCUUGAAAAGAUUGGAGAGGACAUCGUCAACUCGAUAUCGAUACACAGGCUGCCUGCCACCACCACCGACGGUCGCGACGAUGUAGUAGCCGUACUUACCAACAACGACAAAUCGGUGCGAGUCUACUCGCUGGUCGACAACCUGGAGCUAUGUUGCAUAGACUUGCCAAUCGCCAUGAACCACGCCACCAUCUCGCCUGAUGGCAAGUUCCUCGUAGCGGUCGGUGACCAGCAAACUGGCUUCUUCUUCGAACGAUAUCUUCCUGGACCGGAGAGAGGCAACUGGAGAGAGCCUAAUGGGCGAAUCACCUCGGUCCCAUCAGAAUGGAAGCUGUUCGAGGAAGUGGCAUUGUACGUACCAUCGAAUCAGGCUGCUGAAGGAUACUUUACCACGGCAUGGUCACCCUCAGGCCGUCUGUGCGCCGUUGGCUCCGAGUGUGGCUACAUUACAGUGUUUGACGUCGAUUACCUAAAAGUGACCGAGUACGGAGAGGAUGCCAUACUCCAAGUAAUCAGCUCAACGAGACCGGACGUAUGCACAAGUGCUGGCGCAGUGCGGACGAUGCAGUUCUCCCCAGCGCCAUGGGACUUCUUAAUCUGGAGCGAAGAUCAAGGCAGAGUAUGCGUUGCCGACCUACGCUCUGGCCUCAAGGUGAAGCAGGUACUUACCCUAGACCCAAAGGAGGAGGGCAUCAACAAGGUGGAGAUUGCCGAUUUUGACUUGAGUCUCAACCCGCAAAUGUCUGAGUUGCGUAGGGAAGCCGACUUCAUUCGCAGAUAUCGCCGGGCGCUGGACUCUGAAGGGACACAGGCAGCGGUCGACGCUGCGAAUGAAUACUUCGAAGCAGAUUCUGAGCGACAAAGAACGCUUCGGCGACUUGGGGUGGUCGAGUCGGAUAACGAUCCGCAUGGACUGUCAACCGAAGAGCGGCGAAUCCUCGAGACUUUGCGAACGUCACGUCACACCCUGGAAGCACGGCAACCAGGCAUCAGACCCAGGAGUAUCAACUACACAACGGCAAGCCAUGUGGAAGCUGCACGGGAAAGGGCGGCUGCAGCCCGUGAUUUGCCUUCUGACUUGCUAGAUGAGCUUCUCUCAGAGAGCCUUCGACCCACAAACCGCUUACUCGGAGAGCGAACAGCACCUCGGCGUCAAGCUUCCGUUGUCGUUUCCAUCAACGAAGGAACCGUCAAUGUGCCACCUCAUGCACAAACCAACAUCACAGACGCUGCCACCACAAGGUCGCCAAACGCAAUUGUUGCGCACACACGUAGCGAGGUUAUCAAUUCAACAGACGACGCCUGGCGCACCAUCGAAGCAGCUCUUGCUAGCCAAGCACGUGCUGCCAACAACACAGCCCGUACCAGCGCAUCCAUUUUGGCUGCCAGCAACGCAAAUCCAACGGCCCCCGAGCUACGCAGUGAAAUGCGGCGUCUUCGCCAGCUCACGCAAAUGCGCGAACGUCUUCGCAACGCACGCGCCAGCCAGCCUUCGACAGAGACGUACGAGUUCAGCUUGGGUUUUCGGAGACCAAGCCGCAGCACGCACAACUCAAGCCAGGGUGUGCGUACAGCCGGCCUGGCCAUGAGUCAGGACGGUCGAACACUGUACUGUGGUACUGAGGAGGGCAUCUUUGAGUUCAAGAUGAACCUGCACGCUCGGAAAGGCUUUCCUGCCAUCAGUCCCCGGUGA